AUGAGACCUCGAAUCGCUUCAGGCAUUAUUAUCGCGCUCACUGCCUUGGCUUCUGGCAGGUUCACUGAGAAUCCUCCUGCGCUCUCACCCAAACUUCUCAGCGAUGACCCCUCGAAAGCUCCUCCCGGAUUCAGCCCUCCCGAUCUUAAUGCUCCCGAGUUCGUCCCCGCCUUCGGCGCCAAUGACUUCGACCCAAAUCAUCAAGCUGAUCAGGCUCUUUGGGACAAGUAUCUGAAAAAGGGUGACCACAUGAUGUGUUUGAUGGAAGCCACCGACAAGGGCGCUGGAUGGCUGGAGAAAGAUACGAGGCAACCACCUUCCGCCGCAAGCAGAUGGAAAGGUGACCUCAGGGCUGAGCUCGAAACAUGGUUCUGGCAUGAUUCAGAUCACGAUAAGGGCUGGGCGUGUGAUUUCGAGGGCAUGGGACUCAAGACCGCUUUCGAAGCUCUCGGGCUAGACGCACGGCCAAGGUACGACGACGAGGGUAACCCUCAAGAAGGAGCCAACGAUUGCUUGGCUAUUCAACAUUACGAUCAGAAUCGUGCCGAUCCAGAUGAUGAGUGGGGCCAGAUGAUCCCUGUCAUGGAACAGAAGUACUAUGUCGGGGGCAAGCAGUAUAUGGCAACAGCUGCGUAUUAUGAGUUUGCUGUUAACCACGGUGGAGCGCUGAUUGUCAAAAACAUCGAGAGUCCACGCAACGCCGUGCUUAGAGGCAUGGGUUGGAAACGACCAGCAGGUGCUGGAGAGCUUCCUGAACUCCAGUUCGCGUCUGACAUCCUCUGGGGCUAUUGGUACCGCGACAAUCCGUAUAUGAAGAAACUCCGAGUCUAUGGCGCUCACCAUGUCAUCAAUGCAGACACUAGUCGAUUGGUUGCUCGAGCUUUAAAGAAUGUUGGCAAGACCGCCUUGGAGACUUGGCCGGGUGCCGUUUUCGAGAUUGGGAGCGAGGAAUUCAGGGUCCUGAUCGGCUCACCCAUAGGCGCAACCGCUGGCCACUUGCUCGCAGCCCACAAGGCCGAACUUGGAAUUAAAAGGAUCACGAAGGCGAACGUAGUGACGAACGAGAAGUCACCGUUCAAGGGUAGACAUAACAACUUCGAUAUGCACAUCUUGUUUAGUAUCGAAGACGUACCGUCAGAUGAGGUGACCAAGCCGGGUGAGCAGGCCACUGCCAAAAGAGAGGUGGGCAGAGUGGAUACCAAGAUCCUUAGCGUAAGAAACCGGGGGAAGAACGUGGUCCGGUUGCAUACUAUGAUGGCUUAG